AUGCCGCCACCCUCAAAAAAACGUAAGACGACCGUCGCAGCCCCCGAAGUAAUCACAUUCGACCCCGCCGCCCGCGAGGAAUACCUCACAGGAUUCCACAAGCGCAAAGUCGCGCGCGCAAAGCUCGCACAGGAAGAAGCCGCAAAGCGUGAGAAGGAAGAAAAGGCCCGCUUCAGACGAGAGCUCCGGCAACAGCGCAAAAUCGACCUUGAAAAGCAUGUCGAAGAAGUGAACCGACUUGUCAAGCAAGCCAACGGCGAUAUUGGCGGACUGGACCACACAUCGGGGGAAGAGGAUAGUUCCAACGACGACGACGAUGCCAAUGACGAUGACGAAUUCCAAGGAUUCCAAGAACCAGAGCCGAUAAAUCAAGAGGACGAAUACGUCGACGAGGAUAAAUACACAACCGUGACAAUUGAGAGCGUGGGCAUUUCAAAAGCUGGGUUCUCACGACCAGGGGACGAGGACGAGGAGAGCAAGAAAAAGGGUGGUGAGGAAGGUGGGGGCGAGAAGAAGCCGGAGAAGAGGGUGUGGACUAAGGCGUGGCCCAAGACGGAUAGGCCCAAGAAGAAGAAGGUCAAGUUUAGGUAUGAGACCAAGUUGGAGCGCAAGGCGGAGAGGAUGAAGCAAGGUGCCAAGAAGAAGAAGCAGCGUGAGGCUCGAGAGAACAAGGCGUGA